AAAAAAGAGGCUUAACGAAACGAGUGCUUUCUGCUACGACUAGACCAAAUAGUUAAGAUAACAGUUCUCUUUCUUAUUUGUGGGAUCUGAUGUCCCCGAAGUGGAAGACACCUCCCAUGGAGCGCCGCUGGCAGAUGUUGUCAACCCUUCCUUCCCCUCUGCGCUUCUGUCUGCGCGCGUUGGACGGGGCUGGCAGCGCGUAAGCUCCCGACUCUGCAGCCUGGACUCUGUCUGUCCACAUAAACACACAAGGAUGAAGCCUUGAAGUCGGACUUUGGCGAAAUCCAGGAACGACCCCGGAGCCAGAGACUAAUUAGGACUGACAGAGGAAAGCACUGGCUCCGGUGCGCGCCGCCGCUGUUGCUGCUGCAAUCUGUUGUUGGAGUUGCGCGCGAGAGACUUUUUAACGAAACGACAGGUUGCUAAGGCGUGGAUGUAUGCUGAUCUCGAACUUUCCCCCCCUUUUAAUUAACACGUGCACGUUUCGGGAUGCCUGGCGCCUCAGUUCGGAUUUUACGCACUUCGCCGCAAACAAGUUAAGGAUGGCGCGUAACAUCCAAACAAACUGAACAUCCGAAAAGGGGGAAUCGAACAUUAUUUUUCUCUUUAUUCUUAUUUUUUCGGGAUGAGUCGGAUGACGUGACAGACUAAUUGUGAACAUGCAUCCGAGCAGGAUUUCCUUCAUUGUUUUCGACGUCUCCAAGAGUCAUGCAGAGGCUUACGCUCUGAACAUGCUGGAAAGGUUGACGCAAAGCAGCAAGUUUUCAUUUAUGUGAUUCAUGAAUUAUCAUCAUCAUCAUUAUUAUUAUUAUUUUUAAUCAAAUUAAGCCUAGUUAAAUUUCGCUCAGUCCAGCUUCCGCGUGUGUGCACAAAAACCCUGGACGAGGCAUGGCACUUAUUCCAGGAAAUACCUAUUUGAAUUUUUUAUGGAUGUCGGGUGGCUUCAUGUGUUUAAACUGAGACAUUUGGACAUGCAAUCAAAUUUGGAGAGGAAUUCCUGCCUUUCCACAAUCCAGAGAAACAUGUUGCACAUCCUGCUGCUGCAGUCGGUGUUACUUUGGGGUGGGGCAGACUGUCGAGUCCUGGAGGCUUUGCAGAGAUACUCCUCCUUCCCCAUGUACCUGCCUGUCAACUAUCAGCUGCUAAAUACGGAGUUGGGUUUUUUCCUCAAGGAAGCCAACCAGGACUUCAUGAGGAACUCUAGCCUGACCUCGCGGACUGAGGCUUUCUUCGUCUACCACACCAGAAACUUGCCGUCGGUGAACGCCAGCUAUGGGCCUCUCUCAGUGGAGCAGCCUGUCCCGUUGGAGCUCCUGCAGAGUCCCGGGACCUUCCCUGCCUCUUCGGUAUUCACCUUCAACUGGAAGGUGCAAACCUUAAUCAUGAACACGCAGAUUCAUUUAGCCAAGCCCAAAGUCCAGGUGCUGUUUUACAUAGCGGGCAGAGACUGGGACAACUACAGCACCAUUGACAAACUGCCCUGCGUACACAUGUUCGCUUUCCAUGAGACCCAGGAGGUCCGCGGUGCCUGCCAGCUCAAAGGGGAGCUCGGGCUGUGUGUGGCCGAGCUGGAGCCGCUGGCCAGUUGGUUCAGCCCCCCCAGCGUAGUGCCGGGGCGGCAAAGGAACGCCGAAGUGUCCGAGGGCACCCCGGUGGAGCUCUACUAUCUGCUGCGGUCUACAGAAGCAGGAGAGUGCCACUCCGAGGAGUCCAGAAAGGACAGCUUCAUCCGCUCCAAUCAAGAAGGGCUGUUUGGUACCUACACCUCCACCCCGCUGAGGAGGAUCGGUGGCGUGAGGCUCUACAAGACCCCCACGGAGCCGCCUCUAACAGAGCUCUGGCUGGAUGAUAACUUCAUGGCCAUGGUCCCAGCCACGCCAAUGAGGCAGAGAGAGACCGUGUCUGCCUUUAUCAGCAUAUCGCCCUACUCCACCGUGGAGACGUUCACUCUAAGGGUAAAAUUAAAAGAAGGAGUGACGUUCCUUGGGGCGCGUCCCAGCAACCCCACUCAGUGGAUCGUCAGCCAGGACUUGAGGAGUGAAGGUCAUCGUGUGGUAACCCUCCACUGCCUCAGAAAGGAGUCCACGUACGAUCAGCAAAGAUCUGAGUUGGGAGCUCAGAGGGUUCUCCAGGUGGAUCUGAAAAUGGAAAGCUUCCCACAGCCGACAGGCAGCCGCUGGAUGGCCUGGCAAGUGGAGUACCCGGCCAGUCGCGCCAUCACAAAAGAGGUCGAGACAGAGAUUCGCCUGGCGCAGGAGGAACUGGCAGGCAUUGUGCCUCUGGCCAUGGACACUGAGAUCCUGAACACUGCUGUCCUGACCGGGAAGACAGUAGCCGUUCCAGUAAAGGUAGUGACCAUCGGAACAGACGCCUCUGUCACCGACGUCUCUGAAACGGUGACAUGCCGCUCGACGGAUGAAGACGUAGUGAAGGUCUCUGACAGGUGCGACUACGUUUUUGUGAAUGGCAAGGAGAUGAAGGGCAAGGUGAAGAUGAUGGUGAAUUUCACUUACGGCUACCUCAGCGCUCAGCUGGAGCUCUGCGUGUGGAUCCCUCGCCUCCCGCUCCAGAUUGAGGUGUCAGACACGGAGCUGAGCCAGAUCAAAGGGUGGCGGGUGCCCACCGCCGCAACGGGUCAGAGAGCCGCAUGGGACAUCGAGGACGAGGACGACGAGGACAGGCGGGGACGAAGCUGCACUCUGCAGUACCAGCAUGCUAUGGUCAAAGUCCUGACCCACUUUAUAGCCGAGUCAGCCGAAGCGCGAGGUCAGACCGCCUUCAUGCUGGGCUCCGACUGGCAGGUGGACAUCACAGAGCUUGUAGGGGACUUCCUGAAGGUAGAAGACCCCCAUAUAGCAAAGCUGCUUGACAGAAGGAUCCUGGCUGGACAAGACCCAGGAAUGACCACUAUCCAGGUCCUGUCCCCACUGUCCGACUCAAUCCUGGCGGAGAAAACUGUCACAGUGGUGGACGACAAAGUGACCAUCGCAGAACUGGGGGUCCAGCUGGUGACAGGACUGUCUAUGGGCCUGCAGUUGAGUCCAGGAAGUAACAGGGCCAUCCUGGCUACUACCAGCACACAGGAAGUUCUGCAGAACCCCAAACAGGAGGCCUUGAUCAGCGCCUGGCUCCAGUUCAGUGACGGCUCUCUGGCUCCGCUGGAUCUCUACAACACAGACUUCUUCGUGCUGACCGCCAUGUCUCUGGACGAGAGGGUGGUGACGGUGCAGCAGGACCCCUCGUGGAAGUGGCCUAUUGUCGUGACGGAGGCGGAGGGCCAGGGCUUGCUCAUCAGGGUGGAAAUGACUGUCAACGAAGCUUGCCAGAAGUUCAAACGCCGCAGCGUUCUGGCCGCAGGGAACUGUAACGUCAGGGUGGCGUUUGGUCCCAGCGAAGGCUCGAGGGGAGGGAGCAACGACUACGGCCCGGACGGAGACGACGUGGAGAACAGAGGCAGGCUCUCGUCACAGGACAGGACCGGCCUGGAUACCCACUACUACGGCAGCUCCAUCUCUGACAUAGAAGACGCGGGGUCGAGGAGAGCGACCACGACCAGAAGUGCUAUCAUACGCAGGCCUAAGCUCUCAGACGAUGGUGGCCAAAACAUGCCGAUUGACUUUGCAGACUUUCCUGCGCAGGUGGAUCUGCCUCACGGCCGCAACACCGACAACGACCUCAUGCAUGGCGGCCGCGGACUCACCGACCUGGAGAUUGGCAUGUACGCCUUGCUCGGCGUCUUCUGCCUCGCCAUCCUGGUCUUUCUCAUCAACUGCAUUUCCUACACCCUUAAAUACCGCCACAAGGAGCUCUCCAUCGAGGGCCAGGAGAACCUGAACCACGCCCACGACUGGGUGUGGCUGGGGAACGAGGCAGAGCUGCUGGAGAGUCAGAUCAGCCUGUCGCCGCAGCAGGAGGAGCAGACCUCCAUGAUUGACUCCAGCAGCGGCCUGGAGGAGGGCAGCCACCUGCUUAACGGCGGCUCCAUGCUGAAGAACGUGCAGGGACAGGUGCACCGCGCCGCGGACACAGCGAAGGACGGGAAAGGGGACUCUCCCACCACCAAGAGGAAAAGAGUGAAGUUCACCACGUUCACCAGUCUUUCGUCGGACAAUAGCCACCCGGCUGUCAGCACGCUCACAGGAAGCCACAGCCAGGACAUUAAGUGGGUGUGCCAGGACGUGCAGCUGGGAGACUCCAAGGAGUUGCGUAACUACAUGGAAAGGUUAAACGACAGUGCAUUAAAAGAGGUGGCGUAAUGUACAGCGUACACUUGCUACAAACUCACCCUUUUGCCUUUCAGAGGAGAGUGGGUCUCAACAGAUCCGUGUCUGGGGAAAGAGGAGGACGUUUGAACACAGAAUCACCUCAAACUGCCAAAGGAUCUUCAAAUUUAAGAGGACGGUCAUGAAUCCAUUAAAAAAAAAAAAACAUACACACAAACAUGUCAAUCAGGUGGAUCCUUUCCCUUUUAGUUCAUUAGAUGAUGAUCUUUUUAUUGUUGUUUUGUUAAUACAGGGAUUAGAAUCCAGAAACCCAGGACGGAUGUUGACAUUCAAGUGACUAUUAAACGAUUUUUAAACAAACUCUCUACAACAGCUGGAUCGAUGUUUGGAACAUGUGUGCACAUCAAAUCGUUUUGGAGGUUUUGUAUUGCUUUGGAUACUCAUUUCAUAAAACACACGCCCCCUGUCGAAGGAAGAGUUCUGGACAAAAGCAGAUGAGCUUCUGCAUGUUGUUGGUACCGAGAAAGAAAAAAAAAAAAGGCACAAAUUUCCAAUUCUUUCUUAUCCUUCUUUAGCAAGGCAGAAAACCUGUUAUGUACAAACCGAACAUUCUCCAAAUCAUUGUAUUGUUGCUCUGUAUAUUGUAUUUUCAUAAUAAUUAAGGAAUACACAAUAAUGUCCAGACUGUGAA